AUGUCUAUUCUACUUGAGAACGACAGGCUGGAGAACCGUAUGGUAGAUGUCAAGGAGUCGCAAAAUACCGGUACUUUUGCGACUCCCUGGUCGAUGAGCAGAGCUGCUAAAAUGAUGACAUCGGAUCGCUGUCAGCAGCUCAGCAGCAUCGUUGGUGGACACUCUGGCGAUGGCGUAGUGCUGCUACAAUGUGCUCCGGGUCAACUAAACUGCAGCACGUCCACCGUAGCCUGUUCGUCGGACUCCGUCAAUCCUGGACUGCUGGCGUGCAGUUGUGCCGACAACGUCAGUGCUGCUUCGUCUGCAGGAGGCGCAGGCUUACUGGGCGCAUCGUGUGUUGAGAUUGAUCCGUGUCGACAGGGAUCCGUGCAGAACUACUCCAGAACCGGUGGCGUGUGCUUGAGCUCCGAUGGCGAAUCGAACUGCUACUGCAGCGGAAAUAUGAGCGUUGGCGGCGACGAGGAUGACGCCGUGUUUUGGUGUGUGCUGCUGACUGAAAACUGUGAUAGCGGUGUUGAGGAUGGGGUCGGUGCGACGCUAGGUAGUACAGCAUGUGCUGCCAUUGGUGGAGAGUGUGGGAUGAUGAGCAACGGUCGGACAAGGUGUGUGUGCAAGGAAGGUUACGCUGGUAAUGGAUACGUGUGUUCGGAUAUUGACGAAUGCCAUGCACACACUCACAACUGCUCUAGACCUGGUGCACUCUGUACCAAUACCGCUGGUUCCUUCUUGUGCACGUGCAGACCCGGUUACCAAGGAAACGGGCUGACCUGCCAUGACAUCACAGAGUGUGAGCUGGGACUGCACAACUGCUCAGUAGUGGGUAGUGGUUGCAGCAACAUGCAGGGAUCAUUUCUCAGUACUUGCCUAGCAGGUUUUGCUGGGGAUGGCAGACUGUGCAGGGAUAUUGAUGAAUGUGUUAAUAGACAACACACAUGCUCACGAUACGCUCAAUGUCACAACUCCAUAGGCGGCUACUCAUGCGAUUGUCUUGGCAACUACUCUGGUGAUGGAUACCGAUGCCAUCCGGACGAGUGCGCCAUGAGAGUGCAUCGUUGCCAUGGAGACAACAUUGUCUUCCUGGACACGGAGGCAGGCUUUGACUGUAUAUGUUGGGUCGGGUUUGAGCUCGACUCUACGCAUUUUGGCUGUCAGGAUCGUAAUGAGUGCUUACUGGGCAACAGGUGUCAACAGAACUACAUGUGUGUGAACCUGGAAGGUAGCUUUGCUUGUCUGUGUGCCUAUGGCUUUGAGCUGGCCCGGGUGUCGGGUCCAACACAAUGCAUCGAUGUGGAUGAAUGUCACGCUGCUGGAAAUGGGAACGACUGUGAUGCUAUCGGUGAGCUGUGCAGGAAUGUACCUGGUUCGUAUGAAUGUCAGUGCCAUGAUGGGUUUGCUAGGUCUGAAGCAAACUCUUCAUGCAAAGAAAUCAAUGAAUGCUCCACCAUGACUGAGCCAUGUCAGCCUGGGUCCCAGUGUCGUAAUACAGAAGGCAGUUAUGUAUGUUCAUGCUUGCCUGGCUUUCUACUGGUGGACGGGCAAUGUCGUUCCUUGCCAGAAUGCACUGAACAGACUGACAUUGACUACUGCAAUAGCACUACACAUGCUCUCUGUAAGCUGUACGACACCACCGAGAUGUGUCUCUGCGCCAACGGAUUCAGUAUGUCCCAGCACGGCUGUCGGAAUAUUAAUAAAUGCAUACGUGGGCAACACGACUGCUUCUCAAUGGAACACACGGAAUGCAUGGAUACUGAAGGCUCCUACGAGUGCCGUUGCUCGACAGGGUAUGCACUGGACGACAAUCAACGAUGCCAAGAUGUGGAAGAAUGUGCAGACAAUAUGCACGACUGUGAUGGCAAUGCCACAUGUAGAAUCAGUGUAGGGACAUUCCACUGUCUCUGCAAUACUGGCUUCACAGGAACUGGACACACUGGUGGGUGUGAGAAUGUCAAUGAAUGUGUGCAUGGUCUGACUGCUAACACAAGAACUAUGAAUCCUGUUACCACCAUGGCUCGUAUUCCUUGCACGGCUAGCAACAUGCAGUGUGCAGACACGGUUGCAAGCUAUCGAUGUGACUGCUUGCCCGGUUACUACAUGCAACAUGACGGCCAGUGCAGACCCAGCAGUGAGCUGUUCACACCAUGGAGUCCACCACAGCCCGGAACACCCACAUCAUUGACAUGGCCCAUUCGAAAGUUUGAUUACCAACAAGAUCUCCAGUACACAGUCAUUGGCAUCAACCUUGGACCAGCUACCUUGAGCAGCUCAACUAGCAGAGUGUUUUUCAUGUUUCACCCGACAUUCUAUACAACUUGACCGGACCCAAUGUCUACUCUUACGCUGAAGCACCGGAGACAAGGCAGCCAGGCUCCACGCCGAGGGCAUACGUUGUGGCGGAGUUCCACUCGUCGUUGUUUGGACACAGGGCCGUAUUGCCCGUGACGGUGGGUGAUGGGACGAGACUCGGGCAGUGGGAGAAUGGUCCCCUCCCGCCCAGACACACCUUCACACUAUGGUAUCAGGCAGCGCAGGCCAGUGAGGAUGCUGAUAAAUACUCCCAGAUAAGAGUAGUGGCGACAUCACCAUACCUACCCAUUCAAGAAACGACAGGUGCUGGUAAUGGGCAUACAGCAGUGUCUGUCACUCUAAUAGCUGCAGCGGCUGGAGGACUGGCUUUCGUAAUGUUCCUAUCCCUCUGCAUUGUGGUUCUGAUACGGAGACAACGGCGCCUGGCUGGCAAAGGAAAAAUGCGCCAGCCUUCCAGGAACAAGAUGCUUGGCUCAAGUGCCUCUGAAGACAUUAAGAUACGAGACACGUCAAUUUGAAUCCCAUAUUUUGGUGUUCUUGUUUUCUAUCGUUCAUACAAAUGAUGCUUGAUUUUCUGUCCCUGGUCUAUAGUAUAAUGGAAGGCAUAUUGAGCACAUGCACAGGGCAUACCCAUGCAGUGUGGUGUGAACAUUACUGUACUAAACUAUCUGAUUACAUGUAUUGGCAACUUGCAUCUUUCCAUCUCAAUAGCUCAUCCAAAAUGCAAGAUAAUCCCAGCAAAUUGGAAGACCUGGCAGGUAUGACAUCAUCAUAAUUAUUACCCUGGUCACCAAGAGCAUGUUCUUAUUUUACACACAGACACUAGCUGUACGCUGCUCAGUUUACGCGCUACGCCUUCAUGACCCCUACGCGUAACCUUGAGCAAUUAUUACACAAUCAUGGUUUGCCUUACUAACACACAGGUCAGUUCAGAGUCACCGGCUAUCAGCUAAACCAAACUCCUAGCGUAGUUAUUGUCUUUCUGAUCGCAUAGUCCUCUUCCUUGCACGACUGAUGCACUCGGCAUGUUCUACGUGUACCAGAAUUGCAAAUAUGGACAAUUGCGAAUUGCAAAAUUAAUAAUAAUUAUUCGUGCCUCGUUCCAUCA